AUGUUGAGAAUCUGGAAAGAAACAUCUGGUGCCAGACAUCCAGGUCCUCAGUGCGACACGAAUCAGGACACCCAGUCGUGUGAGGCUGGCGGUGGCCAACCUGGUUUGAAUAACAGCGCAUCGGCCCCCCUAGCCACCGAUGGUGUUGUUCUGAAUCGUGCCACGCUUCAGGAUCCUUAUCUAACUUCUGAGCCCGUAUCUUGUGCGUCCGACAUUCAUCCUCCUGAGGUUGUCAUCCUCUAUGAUGCACUAUUGCCAAACACAGAAUCCAGAUUAAUGGAGGCUUUACACGAAAUUGAUCCAGAGGAAUCUUCCUUUACAAGGACUUUUCGCGCUGCCCACUAUGCUCUGGUCGAGGUCGGCUUAUGUGCCAGUGAUCUCAUCUGGCGCAGGGCCAUCAGAGAAUACGCUGCUCAUAGGAAUGACGAUGACGACCCUGCUUUUGAGAUCGCCAACAAAAUCCGCGAUCUGGUCAAAAAUUGGGUGUUCGCUAUGCCGAACUUAAACCUUUCCUCCAGGGGCUUCAAUGUGACGCCCAAGUUCGUGCAGUUGAUUCAUGUUCUCAAGUCAUGUGGAGCUUACGGGGAUAACUUCCGUGGAAUUGUCUUGGUCCAAUGGCCCGAAGUCGCGACAAUUAUAGUGGAUAUUAUGAGAACUAUGAUUGAUGAACUGGGUUUCAUUCGACCUUACGCUUUGGCCAGUGAACUCCUCGUCACCAAUAAUCACGAGCAGUGUGAAUUGCUCGACAACUUUGCGAGUGGAAAGUACAACCUCCUUGUUAUGACUAAAGCCUUGGAAGAUGUCGACCUUCCACGUGCCCAUGUCGUCAUACGAUACAACUUGUUCGAGAGCCAACUUUCCUAUGCAUUUGCUUGUGCACGUACACUGGUGCCUAAUGGACACCUCAUCCAUAUGGCGGAGAAAGGGAAUGACCUGCAUCACCGAAUUCUUCAGGAGUACAGUGGUCAAGCUGUGGACGACAGGUGGAUCAGAGUGGUCUUGCAAGGGGGAAAUUCCCCGGUUCCAUCCUGUUCGCUGAAGGAAACUGGCAACCCUUACCGCUCGGACGAAGAGACGGCCUCCAGGCUAGAGAUCUCGAUAGAAGACUCAGUCAAUGGUGGUCGACUAUUUGAAGACGAUGCCUUACUUGCUGUUUACCGCAUCGCUGCGGACCUUCAGUGCAACAUUACGACUCCGUCUCGUGAUCCUUUGUUUGUUGUCCGUCCCACACCUAGGAUAGGUGGGGUUCAACAAUUUGUGUGUACUGUGACACUUCCGCCUGGACUACCUUUACAGACGGUCCAGGGGCCUCCACGCUUUACGGCCACCCAUUCGCGUCGCUCAGGAGCCUAUCAAGUUUGCCUACGAUUAUUUGAGCUCAGCUGCUUGGACCACCGUCUGAUCUCGACCCCGCACCGGUCUGACAACAAUGGCCACGCAAAUCCUUCCUUUUUGAAGUCAGAUUUAGUUUCCGGAAAUAGUUGCUACAUGCGAAAAAGGCCAGACUUCUGGGCCAACUCAUUACGACUUUCUGAGGAACGCCUCUUCCCCGUCGUCAUUUCCGUAGGAAAUCCGGAAGGCCUAUCCGAACCCUAUGCACCUAUCGUUCUUUUAACUCGCCAACCAUUACCUCAUCUGCAACCCUUCAAAUUGUUCUUCUAUGGCGUUUUCGCCACCGUCAAGAAUGCACGAGGACCCGCUCUUAUCUUCGAUAACGAGCGUCUCAAUGACCUUCACUCUUAUACGCUCCGAAUUUGUCGCACGAUCGCAAACAAAGCGUUUGGAUGUUCAUUAGAAAAAAUGGCAUACUUCGUCGCACCUCUACUUCCUUCCCGAGCUAGGGAUUUAUCGUAUCCCAACACGACCAACUCACAAGAUGUCAUCGACUGGCAAGCUGUGACACGAGCUAAUAACAACUAUGUCACGCGUUUCAGUUCCGAUAGCUUGCGAGACCCAAGCGAGUUCGAGGAUGCAGUCAUCCAGGAUAGAUUAGUCGAGUUCACUCGACGAUGCUAUGUCAUCCGUUUACGACCUGAUCUAACGCCAAUGAGCAAGCCCUCGGACAGCCCACGUGAGGCGGAAUAUGCGAACAUUCUGGAGUAUUGCAGAAUGCAUCGCAAAGGCUUUCAAGGCCUCCAAGAUAACAAUCAGCCUCUAAUAGAAGUAUCCAAAGCUGCUGCCGUGCUGAACCGCCUGAAUCCCGUCCACAAGCCGCCUAUAGAGACAAACAAGGCAGAUCUCAUACCGGAGCUCUGUGGCAAGUGCACAAUUCCAGCGAGCAUAUACCGCACUGCAUUACUUCUACCAUCCAUCACUCGGCGGAUCGAUGAUUUCUUGAUUGUAAAGGAGCUCAAUGCGCAGUUUUUCGCAAACGCGAUCCUGGAACAACAUUUGUUAUCAGCUGUCUUCGCGCCCUCUGCAACCUUCGAAACAGAUUACGAAAGGCUGGAGCUCCUUGGCGAUUCAUUUUUGAAAUAUUUCAGCUCCGUUUACGUCUUUGUCUUCAACCCUGCUUUGAGUGAGGGUGCAUUGCACAAGGCACGGCAGCACAUUAUCAGUAACAAGGUGCUGACGCAGUGCGGUCUUUCAAUUGGCCUGCCGUCGUACAUACAGGGCAAAACGUUCAGUUACAAAUUGUGGCAACCUCCAAACUUCACCGUACAGAACGUUCAAGACGUAUCUCCGCAGCAUCCCGGGAGGUCUAACAAUGUAACGCCGUCUGGGGACAAUGCAAUUGACACGAAGGCGCAGGCUUCCGUCGACGACACCAAUGCCUCAAUCAUACAUUUGACCUCCCAGUCCAAGGCGAAACAAAAGGCCCACGACGAUGGCAUAACACAGUGGCUCGGAGACAAGACGAUCGCUGAUGUCGCAGAAGCUAUCAUAGGAGCAGCUUAUCUUUCUGGAGGCCGCGACGUUGCGCUCAGCGUAAUCAAGGCCCUCCGGUUACCUGUCGCUGGUGUUGAACAAUGGGACGAUUUCCGCCGCAAAGCUCUUGCUCCCCCUUCAAAUGUCACGCCAAGGCUCCGCGAAGGCACGCUUUCGGCAGUUGAAAGUAUUAUUGGAGCUACAUUUAAGUAUCCACACUUGCUCUCUCAAGCUCUGACACAUGGUUCAAUUCACGGAUACGAAAACACGUGCUACGAGCGACUUGAAUUUCUGGGAGAUGCGGUUCUGGAUUUUAUGGUGAUACGACAUGUCUUUAACAGGGAUGACCACAUGUCCCCUGGAGCCAUGACACUAUUGAAGUCCGCUAUGGUGUCAAAUUCAGCUUUGGCAGCGAUCUGCGUCCGGACUGGGUUACACGAGUAUCUUCUUUAUGAGUCGUAUGCUCUUGGGAACAGCAUUCAGUCAUAUGUUGAGCAGCUGGAGGCAAGGCACCAGGAAGAAUAUCAAAGGGCAGCCAGAGACGGGAGGCCUCCAGGGCAGUACUGGCUUAACAUGGAGCCACCCAAGAUCCUUUCGGAUGUUGUAGAGUCGAUCAUCGGUGCACUUUAUAUCUCAGAUGGCUUCACGUCUGACGGCGUGGAAUUGAUUUUCAAAACAAUCCUCGAGCCUUUUUACGACCAGCAUAUCACGGUCAAGACACUUUCUCAUCACCCCACCAAAAUCCUUUUCGAGAUCAUGCAAGCUCAGGGUUGCCAACAAUUCUCUAUCGAGAAAGAAAAACUAAGUGACACUCACGGAACUCGCUGUGACGUUAUUGUUCACGACAUCAUCCUGGCAAGUGCCACAGAGUCGACUGGAUAUAUAGCAGGGCGCAUGGUGUCGACUGCCGCUCUCGAUGCACUGGAGGGAGACCCCGGCUUUAUGGCACACAACUGCAGCUGCAGAAAUCGAACUCAUAUGGGGAAGAAAGACGCGAAAGACUACAAGAAUAGGCUGGAAAAAAUGUUGGCUGAUCUUGAGGAGGGGCAGAACGUCACAACUGAAGACGAUCCCAAUGACGACAUGGAGGUUAUCUAGCAACUGCUCAUGAUGUUUGCUUCGAAUUCAGAUUCUAGAUGUAGGUAGUGACAAGACGCAAGGGUUGUGUUGUAU